GUGCAAAGGCUACAUGUUACAAAAUCGAAAAAGAAGGAAGUCAUGGACAGCAUUUAAUAGAUUUGUCGUUGGUGGGCAGGUCCGCCUUUGUAGUUUGAUAAAAGCAGAUGUUUCACUGUUGUCUUGAUCUGCAACGUUUGGGACAUACACAUGGUGAUAGAGAAAGGUGAGGGGUUUCAGUGAAUCAUGGUCUCAUUUGGGCAUGGCAGUUCCCUCCAGGAAGAUCAGAACGUCCUCAUUGACCAGAGCAAAGACAAGCGGCGGCUGUCCAAGUGGCGGGAAUAUGGCAGUACAGGAGGGGACUCUACUGGGGACACCUGUCCCACAUGUCAUGGAAUAGGACGCAUUCCAAGAGGUCAGGAGAACCAACUGGUGGCAGUCAUCCCCUGCAGUGACCAGAGACUGAGACCGAGGCACACAAAGCUAUACGUGAGCAUAUCAGUGGCGGUGUGCCUCUUGACCUGUGCGCUGAUCCUGUUCUUCCUCUUUCCACGGAGCAUGACGCUUUCACCUGUCAUCAACACAUCAGUCUUGGUCUACUUCACUCCCAGUACUGUAGAAAUGAAAGUCACUAAUGUCCUCAAUAUCACCAAUGAAAAUUUUGUGAGUGUUCAGGCUCAUGACAUGGACUUGCAAGCCUUGAUAUGGGACACUGUGGUGGGCAAGAUAAAGAUCUCAAACGUGACCACAGUUCCUCCACGCUCAGAAAAGCUGAUCACUGUGGAGAUUCCCAUAACCAUAGAGGACAUUGGCCUAAAUGGUUACUGCAAGUCCGUCCAUAUAAGAAUACACACCUUAUUCCUCCACCUGCAGAUGACUAUGAAAGUGUUCUACCUGGGUCACUCCGAGCAGCUUUCCAUGGACACGUUUCAGUACAUAGACUGUGGCACCAACAGCACAAUCCCUCGGCCUACUUGAGAGACUUACCAGUGCAGUUUUGGGGGAAAAUAAGUCAUUGCCAAUGGAUGAUAUAGCCAUUGGCUAUAAAAAGCCGAACCCUGUGAAGGACUAACCAUUCUGGUAUUUGUCUAACUAUAGCAGUACUACUGUGGAGUGGGGGCCCUAAUUUUAUUGACGGGCAAAGUCCGUCACACAUGGACUAAAGCUACUGCGUGGUGUGUGGGAGCAUUGAGCUGACCCACUCAUAUUUGCACUUAGGAACUUGCUGAUGGUAUUAAAUUAGCAAAUUAUUUAGUUCUGACUUUUCUUGUUGUCCUUUGCCUGUCAAUGAAAUUAGGGUCCAUUGUUUUAAUGUAUUUGACACCUUUCUUCUGUAAUACUAUGCCUCCUGUCGACACUUCGAGAUACAGAGAUGUUUUUCUUUUUUUGUAAUGCAUUAAAGAUUUUCAAAAAUAGCUGGCCACUAAUACAAUAUUAGACAGCAAGCUCUUCAGAUCAUUAUACCAAAUAGAAAUUCAGAAACAGAAUUUUACAAUGAAAAUGCCAUGGUUAGAGAACACCAGUUAAACUCAGUUUGUUUUCCCCGGAGUCUACAAAUGAGAUGGAAAAAGUGGAGGUUUUGAUUUUUAUUUGUCUUAAUUAUUACCUGCUGCUGUUGUUUGGUGGUCGAGCUGGAGGCGUUUGAAAGGAUGGAAUGAGGGCAUCAGGGUGGAGUGAGGCAGUAUUGAAAGAGUGGGAGGUCACCACUGCUGGGCAUACUGAAUGGACUAAAACACAUGAGCACCAGUCAUAAGGUGAAAGUUUUUUUAGUCUUGGUGUCUUUCUGAAAGAAACUCGUAGCCUAUUUUUGCACACUUUAUUUGAAUGUCCGGUAUGUUUUUCAAUAAAUGUAUUUCAAUCAGGAUUA